GCAAACGGCUUGCAGGAGACGAGCGAAUCAACUGACGCGCUUAUUGUAUUUCUAUGAUACGAACAAAAUCAACACGGUGCGCAGCGUGAGGAUCAGAACAACAUACGAGGAGCAUCCGAGCACCCGGUCUGCAUACACACAACACACCAGUCUCAAAUUAGUAGCCUAAUGGCAACGGAAGACAAAAGAAAAACGGCGGCGCCUCAGGCUUUACCGGAAACCGGAUCCCUUUCAACAACAACACCAUACAGCAAUCUAAAUAAUAAUAACAACAACAAUAAUAACAACAAAGACAGUGAGGGAAGCGAAGGAGCCACAACAGCCACAUAUACAGCUGUUGAAUCUAGUGGGGCUGAAAAUAUCAUAGGAAACGGUUCUAAUGUUAAUGCCACUGGAGGCAAUAACGGCAAAUGGGUCCGUCUCAACGUUGGGGGGACGGUGUUUCUAACGACACGACAGACGCUGCUGAAGGAACAGACUUCAUUUCUCUACCGACUGUGCCAGCAGCAAGACUUACAUUCGGACACGGAUGAAUCUGGUGCUUAUGUGAUUGACCGAGACCCCACCUAUUUUGGUCCCAUACUCAACUACCUGCGACAUGGGAAGCUGGUUUAUAACAAGGAGCUGGCAGAAGAAGGUGUUUUGGAGGAGGCGGAAUUCUACAACAUCACACCGCUGAUUAAAUUAAUCAAAGAGAAGAUUCUUGAACGAGACUCCAAGGCCACACAGCAGGUACCACCAAAGCAUGUGUAUCGGGUGUUGCAGUGUCAGGAAGAGGAGCUGACACAGAUGGUGUCCACCAUGUCGGACGGCUGGAAGUUUGAGCAGGUCAGCGUGCGCGCCAGCCGAAAGCCCCGCCCCGGACUGCUCUGGACUAUGGUGAACAUUGGCUCAUCUUACAGCUACGGAACUGAGGACCAGGCUGAAUUUCUCUGUGUAGUGUCAAAAGAGCUACACACCUCGGGUGGAGGCUUGGGAACAGAGCAGAGUCACAAGACUAAGACCUCGGACACACAGGAAGAGGAUGGAGCGAGGGAGGAAGAGGAGGAGGAAGAGGGAGAGAGAAAUGCCACCUCCAAUGAGUGGAUUAGAGAUUAGCAGAAACUUGUGUCAGUGUCCCAAUGGAAUUGGUGAGGAAUACCGUCAUGUUGGUUGUGUUAGUGGUAGAGAAAAUUCUAGUAGAGGGUUUGGGUUAAUUGCAUUUCAAUGCAUCAAAUAAAGCUGACCACAAAGAAGCAAGAUCUAAAUUGGAUAAUUUGACUGUGAAAAUUGUCCUCUGAUAUAAGGUUGUAUGGCAUCUACAGCAUCGUAGGAUUUUUCACAUGCCUUUUAUAAGCAGAGUGCAAUGAAAUGCAAUAGCCGUCAUCUCCUAGCAACUCCCAAGCUUGGCUUUCUGUCAAUCUCCCUUGUAAGUAACAACUGCAUAUGUAAACACAAAUUUGUAAGUGUGCAGACAAACACAGGAAUGUUCCAACUUAAAUGUUGAAAGAAAUUAUCUGGAAGCUAAUUGGAGUCCUGCAUAGAAAUGUAUAUAUAACUUCUGAAUGGGAUUUUCCGCAUAGAUCACCAGACUUUGAAAUGGUGACUGAGCUUCAGUCAACCAAACGUCUUCAAUAUUUAGCACAAUGUCAGUUCCAUAAAUUGCCAUUGAGUCACUGCCAUCUCCACCCAUAUCCACAUCUUCAGCUAAAUUUAUCUUUGUAUUUGUCAUUAUUACAUGGAACAUAGGAGACAUAUUUCUUUCGUAAUUAAACAAGAUUAUCAGUAAAUAUUCAUAACUAAAUCCCAGUCUGAGUGUGUCUGUAAUAUCUUUUCCACUGUUUUGCAGCUUUUCCAGAUCCAUGGAUCCCGGAUGUAGGAUACAGAGAAUUUUAUUUUUCUAGAUAUCCAUUUUAUCAUGCGCUCAUGAUGUUGUUUUAUAGCUAUAAUUUUGUAGAUUUGUUGUCUUGAGGAACAGGUAUUAGUGGGAGACAACAACUUCACAACCAGCAGAAAAAAAAAAAAAAAAAGAUGUCAUUGUGCUGAAUUAAAAUGUUUCAGAAAGCAAAUGGCACUUGAGGAAUUACCAUUUAAGAAAAAACUGUUGCAUCUUUGUAAAUGGCCUAUUACCAAAGAGUGCAACUUAGUUAUGGAAUACUUAAGUAAAUAUGAUUCACUUAAAACUGACAGGGCAGAACAAACCUGAGAAUGAAGGAUGUCAUUUUUUUAGACAUCAUCGGGAAAUACAACAUCAUUAAUGAUGGAAAGAUUGUGGAUAGGUUUUGCACAUGUUCUAUUGCAGAAGAAAAUGGUGACUCGGACACCAAUCAUGCCCUGUUCCAUCUAGCAAACAUGCACAGAUCAGGAAUGGGUAAAGUGCCAGCAGUGUCACCCUGGCAGAUCACCAGCAGGGCACUUUACCACCAUUUUCAGUCUGCAGGAAUGCAUUUUGAUAGUCACUUGCUCCAGCUAGAAGGAAAGGGUGUCAUUAGAGGCCACUGGGAUGUUAUGGGCCUGUGGAAGUGUAUGUUGUGUGGGACCUGAGAACUAGUAACUGAGCACAAUUCACUUAGUGCUGUACCUUUAACAAAGUUUUUGUUCGUUCAGCUAAUGUGCUGGAAAUUUUUGGUGGAUUGAUACUGUGUCACUUGUUCAUGUGCUUUGUGCAAAGAUUAUAUGUAUAUUUAUUUUCAAAGGAACAAGACUCUAAAUGGCAAUCAAAAUCUUUAAAAUCAACAUGCCUCAAUUCAACAAAUGAUAAAGUUAAGCACCUUCUGCUCCCUUUAGUCUAGAGCAGAACAAACAAGCAUUCUUUGGGAUUUUUAUGUGUGGCUCGCUGAUUUGCAUGCCUAAGCUUAUUUAUUAGACAUGCUGUAGUUUUGCACAAAUUUGCAUAAUGUAUCUGGAUAGGUGAAAGAUUGUUUUUUUUUUU